AUGACAUUUGACUUCCUAGUUCGGCUGAAGUCUGCCUGGGUCGAAAUGAUCGAAUUCGUACGCGCCUCGAAGACCGGUUGCGGCAUGUCCUAUCGAAGGAUCUUUCAAGCCCUCAGUCAGGACCGCUCUGAGUACGCUAUCCGCUAUGCCUCAACCGCAUUGGCUUGA